AUGGCCAAGGAAAGGUGCCUGAAAAAGUCCUUUCAAGAUAGUCUUGAGGACAUAAAGAAGCGAAUGAAAGAGAAAAGGAAUAAAAGCUUGGCAGAGAUUGGCAAACGCAAGUCUUUUAUAGCAGCACCUAGCCAAAUAAUCACCAACACUUCUUCACUGCUGAAAAAUUACCAAGACAACAACAGAAUGUUAGUUUUAGCUGUGGAAAAUGAAAAAUCCAAAGUGAGAGAAGCCCAAGAUAUCAUCUUUCAGCUGAGAAAAGAAUGUUACUACCUUGCAUGUCAGCUAUAUGCACUGAAAAAAAAACUUACUUCACAACAAACAGAAGAACCUGCUCAGAACCAGGAAGUUUGUACCUCUGGAAUGGACUCCAAUAGUGAUGACAAUUCCAGGAAUUUAUUUGUGAAGGAUUUACCGCAAGUUCCUCUUCAAGAAACUGACUUUCCAGGACAAGGAGAACCAUCACAAACAGAAGAGCACAUGCCUACUAUGCCUCAAGACACACCAGGAUUUGAUUUUGAUUCAGGUGAAGCUAAAUUUACUGAUAAUAUCUUACCUAGAACUGUAUCUCUUCGUCGCCAUUUAAAGAAACAUUAUAACAAUCUAUGUCAGUCUGAUACUUUGGAUGAUUUUGAAACCAGCCAUUUGGCAGAGCAGUCUUUUGAAUUGGAAAGAAUUAGAUUAGAAGACCCACAAGUAAAUAUGCACAUACCUGAAAAUGUUGAACAAAAUGUUUGUCAGUCGAACAAAGACCAAGUUAUCUUACCACUAAAACUGAUUGACCCAGGAAAGUUUACUAAAAUGAAAGAAAUCAUUUUAGAACCUAAAUCUGAACAAACUAAAAGUAAGCAUAGAGACGUACAAGGAAGAAAAAGAGAAGAGAAAAGAAAAGCUAACAAAAGAAGAAAAUCGAAAUCUACAUUAAAAUAUAAAGGGAACAAAAGUGAAAAUAAAAAAACUGUUUCCAAAAAAAAAUUGGAUGAAUCUGUCAGUGCCAGUGAUGCUUACAAUUUUAAUCUGGAAGAGGGUGUUCAUCUCACUCCAUUCCGACAAAAAAUCAGCAAUGAUUCUAAUAGAGAAGAAAACAACAGUGAGUCUGAAGUGAGCAUCUGUGAAUCAAGUGGUUCGGGAGAUGACUCUGAUGACCUCUAUUUGCCGACUGGCAAGUACAUUCAAAAUCUUGCCAGCAAAUCAGAUAGGAGACCAGUCACCAGGCCUCGAUCUAAAAGAGCACUAAAAGAGAUGGAUGUAAAAGAGAUGGAGGGUUCUAAGCCAACAGAAACUCCCACCAGUACACCACCUGAAACUCACCAGUCACCUCAUUUUAGCCUAAAGGAUAUCACCAAUGUCUCCUUGUGUCCUGUAGUCAAAGUCAGAAAACUUUCUCUUUCUCCAAAAAAGAAUACAGAAAGCCCAGCAGUGUCUCUGCCUAAGCGCAGGUGCACCGUCAGCAUGAACUAUAAGGAGCCCACACUUGCUUCGAAACUGAGAAGAGGGGACCCUUUUACAGACUUGUGUUUCUUGAAUUCUCCUAUUUUCAAGCAGAAAAAGGAUUCAAGACGUAGUUCUAAAAAAAAAAAAAAAAAAGCCCUGUAG